GUUCGUUCGUUCGACACCAUUAAUUAUAUUCUCUCUCUCUCUCUCUCUCUUUCAUUUCUAUAGCCAGCAGGUAGCAGGCAGGCAACCGGCCGGUAUAUUAGUAGAUCUUCGAUCGUUCAUCCAAGCUAAUAAGUCAGUAAGCAGCAGUAGGUCGAAAAUGGCGAUGAGGUCGCUAGCGCUACUGGUCCUCCUCAGCCUGCUGGUUGUUGGUGUGGCGCAGGCGGUGGAGUUGGAGAUGGAGUUGGUGCCUGCUGAUGCAAUUGCGAUGACUAUGGAUCGUGAGCCGCCGCAGGAGUGCGCGACCCCGGUGAGCGUGGAGGAGGCGUGCCGCAGCGCGUCGGAGACGCACGCCGGCGUGGCCUACGACCACUGCAUGGCGUCGCUGGGCGCCGACCCGCGCAGCAAGGAGGCCGGCAACAAGAACAUGCACGCGCUGGCGGUGCUGGCCACCAGGAUGGCCAUCGACCACGCCGCCAGCACCGAGUCCAAGAUCGACGACCUCGCGGAGCUGGAGGCGGCGUCGUCGGAUCCGCAGGCGCGCGCACGCUUCAACCACUGCCUGGAGCAGUACGGCGGCGCCGCCGACCUCCUCCGCGACGCGCUGGACAACCUCAAGGCCAAGAUCUACGGCAAGGCCAUGGAGCAGCUGACCGCGGCGAUGGGCGCCUCCGAGAGCUGCGAGGACGCGUGGAAGGGCGAGGAGGAUGUCCCCGUCGCCGCGCACGACAGGGAGUACGGGCGGAUGGCGCACAUCGCCUUCGGAUUCACACACCACGCCGCCGCCGCCGCAUGAAUCAUCAUGUCAUAUGCAUGCAUCGCUUCUCUUCCUUGUCGCAUUAAUUUUCAUGCGUCCAAUGAUUCAUAUCUCUAUAUGCAUAUCUCUCUGCUCUGCCUUGUUGGCUGGCUCUUCUCAUCAUUCCCUAGCAGAUCGCAUAGUAUUAGUUGCAUGCAUUAUAUUGAUGAUGCAGGUAUUUCGUCGAGCAACAAGGCGUACUAUCAAUUGUUUUUGUAAUACCCAAAAUUAGUGAAUAAAGGGAAACUGGUUAUAAAAUUU